AUGUCGGCACGAAAGAUCAUUGAGACAUCCAAUCAUGUCGGUGUCGUUGGUGAGGAACAUUAUAGCAACCGCGGUGCCAAGAAAGAACGGCAAGUCAUGAAUGUGCCAUCUUAUGCCGACCUCCCGGCUGUUCCCAAUAUGCCGCAUGGCUGCACCUGGGGCUUGUGGGACCAAGACGGCCAACGAGAUGAAUUGGGAACUCUUAAUCUCUUGACUCCCCCCACUGUCCUCACGGCCCGGAAUGAGAUCCAACAUGGCGUCAGUGUCGCAAUCAACUGGUCACUUGACAAUUGCGAGACUCCCCACUCAAAUCGAAGGAGACCUAGUCAUAGGAUCAUGCCAUUGCCUGACUGGAUCGGACAUGAUGACGAGGUGGAGAUGAAUACUCAGAGUGGGAGUCAAUGGGACGGUUUUCGGCACUGGGCGCAUCAGCCGUCGAGGAUGUAUUACAACGGCGUCCCACACGCUGAUAUCACCAACCCCAGUGCCCCAGUUCGGAAUGGAAUCGACCAAUGGACGAAAAGAGGUGGCAUAGUUGGACGAGGUAUUCUCCUGGAUUAUUACUCCUGGGCGCAGAGAGAAGGUAUCCAUUAUUCACCAAUCGAGCGUCACGCCAUUUCCGAGAAAGAUCUCGAGGCUGUUGCGAGAUGGCAGGGAACCCAAUUUCACCCGAGCGACAUCUUACUGAUACGGUCUGGAUUUGUGAAGUGGUACAAGGAGGCUAGUCCCGAAGAUCGCAGGCGCGGGACAGUAGACGGUUCGGCUUGGGCUGGAAUUGAAGGAACGAAAGAGUCCGUCGAAUGGUUGUGGAAUCGUCACUUUGCUGCGGUGGGAGGAGAUGCCAAUGUCUUUGAGGCGUGGCCAGCCAAGGAUGAAAGAUGGCGCCUUCACGAUAAUCUGAUUGCCCUCUUUGGAAUGCCAGUGGGGGAAAUGUUUGAUUUGGACGAGCUGGCUGCUGUGUGUCAAAAGCUCAAAAAGUGGAGCUUCUUUUUCACCAGUGCGCCUUUGAACUUCCCGGGGGGUGUGGCCAGCCCCCCUAAUGCCAUAUGUAUCUUGUAG